AUGGACGACUAUUCUUCAUUGCGCCACCUGGUGCGAACUCACCCUCUGAUUGACAAUCAUGCUCAUAAUAUUCUUGGCCGCGAGGUCGCCACAGACUAUGACAGCUAUCCCCUCGAGUCUAUUGUGUCCGAAGCUCACGGUCGCGCCAUGGCCAAUGCUAGCACAACUUUGCCCAUGAUUCGUGCCGUGAAACAAUUGUCGGAGCUCUAUGGCACAUCAUCCGAGGAUUGGAACGAGCUCGUAGAGGCUCGAAACCGAUGGGUCAAGGAUGACUACGAGGGUCUGGUCCGGCGGUCUUUAGAAGGCACCCACACUCUCCUCCUCGACGAUCUUCUGAGCGAGGAUGACGUCGAGGCAUACAGCUGGCAUGACCGCUUCGCCACCGCCGCUACAAAGCGCAUCGUGCGCAUCGAGGUAGUGGCUGCCUCAUUACUCGCCGAUCUAAUGGAUUACCAACGCAAACCCGACGAGACAGUGUGGGGUCUUUUCCGCCAACGUUUCCUCGACGCAAUCGACCAUGCAAUGGACGACCCAGCUGUUGUCGGUUUCAAAUCCGUGAUUUGUUAUCGCACAGGCUUAGAUGUCGAUCCUUACUCCGCAGACGAAGAUGCUUUGACAGCCUCGCUCCACCGAACCUUGGAUUCCGGUACGAGGAAAUCAGGCUACCGCGUCGAGGACAAGCCUUUGAAUGACUGGCUUGUUCAGCAAACGCUCAAGGCCAUCACUUUCAAGAAAGCUGCUCGCAUUGUGAAACCAAUCCAGUUUCAUACUGGCUUGGGUGAUAAUGAUAUUAGUCUGGUCAAGGCAAACCCUGCUUACCUGCAACCAUUAAUUGCGCAGUACCAGAAUGCAGAUAUCGUUUUACUGCAUUCUGCAUACCCGUUUACCCGCGAGGCGGGCUAUCUGGCCUCGGUCUAUCCUAAUGUUUAUCUUGAUUUGGGUGAAGUUUUUCCCAUGGUUAGCCGUGACGGACAGGAGAAGAUUCUCCGCCAGAGCUUGGAGAUCGCGCCCAUGAAUCGUCUUCUUUGGAGUACGGAUGGUCACUUCCACCCCGAGACCUUUUGGUUGGCCAAUCGUCAAUUCCGCCAGGCUCUGGAAAAGGUUCUUGUCGAGUAUGUGCAGUGUGGCGAUCUGAGCAGCGUGCAGGCAGAGAAUGCCGCCAAGGGUAUCCUGUUUGAGAACUCCAACAGUCUCUAUAGCUUAAAUGCUUCUUUGAAUGACAACCCCUUUUCUUCUUACCCCUUCCCAUGCCAGUAA